CACGCCUUCUCUCUGGCGGAGCGGCAGUUCGGGAUCAUGCAGCUGCUGGAGGUGGAGGACAUGGUGGUCCCUCAUCCGGACGAAAAGUCCAUCAUGACCUACGUGUCCCUGUACUACCACUACUUCUCCAAGAUGAAGCAGGGCCAGACGAUCCAGAAGAGACUCGCUAAGAUAGUCGGGAUGCUUAUGGAGCUGGAUGACAUGAAGGUCCAGUAUGAGAGGCUGGUCUCAGAUUUGCUUCACUGGAUCAAAACCAAGGUGGUGCAGCUGAAUGACAGACGAUUCCCAAACUCUGUAAGGGAGAUGCAGAAUCUUAUGACGGCGUUCAAGACCUACAGGACGGUAGAGAAACCUCCCAAAUAUCAGGAGCGUGGGGCAAUUGAAGCUCAUCUUUUCAGUCUGAAGACUCAGCUGGCUGCCAACAACCAAUGGGCUUACAAUCCUCCAGAGGGUAAAACCCUGAGUGACAUAGAGAAGAAUUGGGUUUUGCUGGAGAGAGCUGAGCAUGAGCGAGAGCGAGCCCUGCAGGAGGCACUGCUCCGCCUGGAGAACAUGGAGCAGCUCGCCCAGAAGUUUGAGAGGAAGGCAGCAUUGAGGGAGGGGUAUCUGGAGGACACGCUGCGUCUGAUCCGGAGGCAGGACAACAGAGGUCUCUCCAGCCUGGAGGAGGCUCAGGCCGCCGGCCGCCGUCUGGAAGCCCUGGCCACCGACGCUCUGGCCAGAGAGCCACGGUUCGCCGCCCUGAGAGACAUGGCAAAGACCAUCGAGAGAGGAAACUACCACAGCAAGGAGCAGAUUAUCAGGAGAGAGGAGAACAUUAGCCAUCGAUGGAAGGACCUACUGCAACAGCUCCAAGAGCAGAGGGGGCUGCUGGGAAAUGUAGUUGAGAAUCUCAGCGUCCUCCGAGACAUCGACUUCGUCUCCCAGGAACUGAAAGAACUGCACUCCCAGGCCAGUUCCUCUGAACUGGGGAAACAGCUGGCCGAGGUGGAGUCUCUCCUUCAGAAGCAGGAUCUCCUCGAAGCUCAAUUCUCAGCUCACGGCGAAACCAUCACCGCCAUCGGCAGGACGGUGCUGAAGGUGAAAGUGAGAGACGGUCAGCAGAUUCAGAGCAGAGUGAGAGCUCUUGAGACUCAGUACAAAUCUCUGGUGUCCCUCAGCAGCAACAGGAGGAGACAGUUGGAGGCUCAGUUGAGGCUGUUUGAGUUCUUCUAUGACUGUGAGGAGAUGGAGGCCUGGCUUUAUGAACGCUGGUUGAGGCUGCAGACGGCCGGACUCGGACGAGACCUGAACAACAUCCAGCUGGCCCAACACAAACACAAGGUGUUGGAGGCGGAGCUCCAGGCCCAGGAGUCUCUGUACCAGGGGGUUCUGGGUAGAGGUCAGGACCUGCUGUCCAAACAGAGUCAGCUCAACCAGCGAGCGAUCCAGAAGUGGAUCCGAACCCUGAAGAAGAAGUGGAGCAACCUCACCGAUGAAGCAACAGGACGCCGCAACAGACUGCAGGCCGCCUCCAUCAUCAAACAGUACUUUGCAGAUGUGGCAGAGGCCGACUCCUGGCUGGGCGACAGGAAACCGCUGGUGACCAGCGAGGAUCAUGGGAAGGAUGAAUCGAGUACGGCGGCAUUGCUGCAGCGACACUUGCGGUUGGAGAAGGAGAUGGCAGCCUACACCUCGGAGAUAAAGAGACUGUCGGAGCAGGCGAGGAGCGCCAUGCAGCAAACCGCUCUGACUGCGGAGCCUCAGCAGAUUAAGAUGAUCCAAUGCAGCGACUCAUCUGGAGACGAGGAGGGGACAGGAGCGGUGACAUCACCAGCCGUCUACCGUCAGUUUCUGUGGGAUCGAAAUGAGAUUGUCACCAUCGUCAGCAAUGAGCCGGAUGGUGACCGAGUUCUGGCCAGAGACAGCCGAGGAAACCAGCAGCUCGUCCCCAAAACCUUCCUCAGCCUGCUGCCAGCCACGGCUCCUCCUUCCUCGCCGCCUGUCUCCACCAAUGGCGAGCCAGAGAGCCCAAACAGGAUGUUGAGUCGUCCGAGGAGCAGCCGCUCGAUGCGUCGCGUCACAGCUGAGAGCCAAACAACAUGUCUGCCGGACCCUCAGUACCAGAGAGAAACUGUGGAGAGUACGCAGGCCAGCCUGGACCGGGACUACAACUCCCUGUACAACCUGGUCAAGUCGAAGACGCUGCGCCUGCAGGAGACGCUGCGUCUGCAUCGAUUCUACAACAGCUGCCAGGAGUUUGAGUCGUGGAUUGAGGACAAGGAGAAUAUCCUGAACACCUUCAGCACCGACGGCGACAACCUGGGAGUAGUUCAGGCUAAAUACGAGAACUUCGUGACUGAGUUGGUAAGUGGGCGUGGCCAGUUUGAUGACAUCAUCAAGAUGGCGGAUGAGCUGGUGAAGAGCCGACACAGUAAACAGAGAGAGAUCCAGGACAGACGGAGGGCGGUUUCCAACAGGUGGGAUCGGAUCCAGCAGCUGAAGGAUGAGAAAGGACACGAGCUGCUGAGUACAGCAGACGUGCAGUCCUUCUUGCAGAGCUGCCAGGAGGCCAAAGCUCAGCUGCAGGGCCAGCUGUCCGGCCUGGAGACCGUGGACGUGGGCUGCAGCUCCUUCACCCUGCUGGCUGAGGAGAAGAACCAGACUCAGACCCUCAGAGACAUCCAGACCCUGGAGGCCAAGAUCGCCUACCUGAAGAGCGUCGCCAAGAUGAAGCAGGACUGCAGUCCAGCAGAGAGCGCAGCCAUCGUGGAGGAGGUUCGGGGUCUGGAGGCUCUGCUGAAUCAGUUGAAGCAUCAGGCUGCAGACAGACAGCGGCUCCUGGAGGAGGCCCGUCGGCUGCAGAGCUUCCAGCAACAGGCCAAGGAGCUGCAGCGCUGGGCCGGCUCGGUCCAGGAGCGCCUCCUGCAGGAUGAGACGGCCACUGACGUAGCAUCAGCCGUCGCCCUGCUGGAGCAACACCAGGAGCUCCAGCAGGAGAUGGAGGAGCAGAGGAGCAGGUCGAAGGAGAUGGAAAAGUUGGGGAAAUCUCUUCAGCAGGGCUCAGCUAAUGGGAAGGUGGGAGGUGUCGAUGUCCAACAAACCCUGGACAAGCUCAACGCUGAUUGGUCCAAGCUUGACAAGCUGUGGACCAGUAGGAAGGAGCAUUUGGAGCAGGGGGUGGAGCUCCAGAGGCUGGACCAGGAGGGAGACCGGAUCGAAGCGACGCUGUCUGGACACGAAGCCCGACUGAGGGUCAAUGACGUCGGGGACUCGGUGGACAGUGUCCACAGUCUGCUGGGCCGACAGGAGGAGCUCGAAGGUCUCCUGAAGGCUUUGGAUCAACAAGUGGAUCAUUUCACUGAACGCAGCCAGGAGCUCGUCAACCAGCAACACUACGCCGCGAAACACAUCAAUGAGAGGAGCAGGAGCAUCCAGAUGGACAACAGGAAGUUAAAGGAGAACAGCAGGCAGAGGAGGAGUCUGCUGCUGGCCUCAAAGAAAUAUCAGGAGUUCCAGAGAGACGCGGACGAGCUGCUGCUGUGGAUGGAGGAGAAGUUUAAGGUGGCGGAGGACGAGUCAUACCGCGACCCCACAAACGUUCUCCGAAAGCUGAAGAGACACGAGGCGGCGGAGAUGGAGAUGCAGGCUAACCAGGUCUGGCUGGACAGACUGGUUCAGCUGGGGCAGGAGAUGCUCACUGAAGAGCACAACGACAGUCAGAGCAUCAGCAGGAAGUCAACUCAGCUCAGCAGCCGGUGGAGGAGACUUCAGGACAAGAUGGCCGACAGAGGAGACAAACUGAGACAGGCGGGACAGCAGGAGCAGCUGAUGGAGCUGCUGCAGGAUGCCAAGCUGAAGAUUGAGGCAAUCCAGUGGAUGCUGAACAACGCUGCCCAAGGUCACGACCUGCGCUCCAGCCGACAGCUUCUGAAGGAGCAUCAGCAGCUGGAGCAGGAGGCCAAGGAGCUGGCGGAGAAGAUCAACUCCAUUGUCAGCAGGGCCAAACACCUCGCCUCUAAUCACUUUGACUCCCAGAGGAUCCUCCAGGAGACCGACACUUACCUCACUCUGUUCAAGUCUCUCCAGAAGCCUCUGGACCGGCGUCGAGCUCAGCUGGAGGCGUCGGUGCUGCUGUUUGGGUUUUAUCAUGACGUGGAUCUGGAGCUCAGCUGGAUCUCUGAACAUGUUCCUGCCUCUGGAUCUACAGGAUACGACAAGUCUCUGGCUGGAGCCAUCAGCCUCAUGCAGAAACACAAGGAGUUGCAAGCGGAAGUGAACGCCCAUCAAAAACACUUGAGCCAUGUCCUGGAGAAGGGACAGGGCCUGGCCAAAUCCAGUAAAUCAGAUGGAGAGGAAGUGCUCCAGAGGUGCAGGCACCUGAGUGCAGAAUGGGAGGAGCUAGAGGAGGCCUGCAACAGGAGAGCAGCUCACCUGAGCAAGGCCAUCACCAGAGAACAGCUGCUGUUGGACUGCUCAGAGCUGGAGUCCAGGCUGACCGAGACACUCACUCUGGUGAACACCGAGGACUACGGCAAAGACCAUCUGGCCACACAGAGUUUACUCACCAAACACCAGGUGUUGGAGGGCCAGCUGGAGGUGCUCGAGGUGGAGGUGGAGGAGUUAGGAGACCAGGUGGAGCAGGCGAUCCAGAACUGGAGCCUGGAGGAGCUCAACAGGCCUUUCAGUCGCCUCAGCAGUCUGAACCAGCAGCUGCAGCACCAGGCUGCUCUCAGAGGCCAGAGGUUAAAGGAAGUCCUCCAUAUGCACGAGUUCAGACGGGAGUCAUCGGAGCUGGAGGACUGGAUGAACCAGCAGAGACUGACGGCAGAGUCUCAGGACCUCGGCAACGACUACCAACAUAUUCAGUUGCUCCGUGGGAAGUUUGAAGGUUUCCUGAAGCAGCUGGAAGUUGGAGAGGAGAGACUGCAGAGCUGCAGCGAGCUGGCUGCUCGACUGAUCCACAACAAACAUCCACAGAGCUCUGCAGUCAGAGAGACACUGCAGCAGCUCAGUGCAUGCUGGGAGGAUUUGAAGGGCGUGGCAAGAGAGCGUCAGGAUCAGCUGCAGAGAGCCGAGGAAUGUCACCGCUUUUACCAAGAUCUGAGCGACGCACUGACACUCAUCAAGGAGCGACAGAAGAGCAUCCCUGACGACGUGGCGAAGAAUUUGAGAGGAGUGAUGUCACAGCUGAGGAAACAUGAAGCUCUGCUUCACGAGUUGGCUGCCACGGAGCAACAGUUGCAGGAGCAGCUGGACGGCGUCGACUCCAUCCUGGACCUCUGCACUCCUCAGUUGAAGCUCCGCCUACAGGAAGUGCAGCAGGAAGUGGUGGAGCGGUGGGAGGAGCUCCGACUCCAAGCGGAGCAGAGGGAGGAGGAGCUAAAACUGGCGUGUCAGAGAUACCUGUUCCUUAACACGGCGCAGGAUUAUUUCCUGUGGUGCAGCCAGCUGAUCGGUGCGAUGGCUGCUGAGGAGAGCAUCAGCGACGUGGCGACGGCCGACCUCCAGCUGGCCCAGCACCAGCAGCUGUGGGCUGAGAUGGAGGCCAGACAGGAAACCUUCCAACAGGCUCUGGACAUGGGAGAGGAGCUGCAGACGCAGGAGAGGACCAACAGGAAGGAGGUGUUGGAGAAGCUAGAGGCCCUGCAGAGGGAGAGAGACAAACUGGAGGAGCAGUGGAACCAGAAACAAAGCUGGUUAGAAACCAUUCACCUGGAGCAGGUCUUCUACAGAGACGUUAACAGCAUGGACAAAACCUCCAGCUCACAGGAGAUCCUGUUGCAGAACAGCACUCUGGGAAACACAGUUGAUGAGACGGAGGGUUUGAUCAAACGUCACGACGCUUUCGAGAAGCUGCUCAGCUCGCAGGAGGACAAGCUGUCCUCCCUGAAGGAGCUGGCCGAGCGGCUGAAGAAGCAGCUGAGUAAAGAGAAGAGCAGACGGGUCAAAACCAAACUCGAGGCCCUCCUCCAGCGACGUGAUAGGAUCAAGGAGCUGUCAAUCAAACGCAGGGAGGAGCUGGAACUCUCCAGGAUGCUUUGUAUCUUCAACAGAGACGUUGCUGAGGCUGAAGAGUGGGUGUCUGAGCGGAUGCAGAAGAUGGCGGAGGACGGUAAAGCCGACCUCAGCAAUCUGCAAGCCAAGAUGAAGCUUCUCCAGAAACAUCAAGUGUUUGAGGCCGAGAUCCUGGCUCACAGAGAGAUCAUCAGCUCUGUGCUGCUGGCCGGGGAGGAGCUGGUCUCCCUUCGACACCUGAGGUCCAAGGAGGUGAAGAGGAGUGCAGCCGCCCUGCAGCUCCACUGGGAGCAGCUGAAGAAGGCCCUGGCCACCCGAGGGAAAGCUCUGGAAGAUAACAGAGACUUCUUGGAGUUCCUGCAGAAAGUCGAAGAGGUGGAGGCCUGGAUCAGACACAAGGAGGUGAUGAUUAAUGUUGGAGACGUUGGCAAGGAUUACGAACAUGGAGUUCAGCUGUUGAAGAAACUCAGCGAGUUCAGGGGAACUGGAGAUGGGGACGUGACGGUUGACGACGCUCACAUCACAGCCAUCAACAGACUGGCCGCCAGACUGGAGAAGAGACAGAGCGCUGAUGAACUGGUUACUGUUAGACAGAGGAGACAGCAGCUCAACGACAGGUGGAGCAAGUUUCACGGAGAUUUGAACAAUUACAAAAGGAAGCUGGAGGGGGCGCUGGUGCUCCACGCCCUGAUCAGAGAGCUGGAGGAGGUCAGAGACAGAGCCAACGAGAAGAUGCUGCUGCUGCAGGGUCAGGACUGCGGGUUUGAUGUGGACAGCGUGGAGAACCUGAUCAGACGCCACGAGGAAACGGAGAGAGAGGCCGGGGUCAUCCAGGAGAGGUCAAAGGCCCUGGAGAAGGACGUCUCAGACCACCUGAAGGCUCGAUCAGUGAUGAGCGACAAGCUGAAGAACAAACAGAAGGAGGUGCAGAAAGCUCUGAAGACUUUGGACAAGGAGGUGAAAGUCAGGAAGGAGAAACUGCAGGAGGCUCUCCAUCUGCAGCUGUUCAAAGCCAACCAGCGCCUCCUGCUGGAGUGGAGUGUGAAACAGAGCAGUGAGAUGGCAGAGAAAGGCCUCCCCAAGACCAGAGCCGAGGCGGACCGGCUCAUCGUGGAGCAUCAGGACUGGAAAACGGAGAUCGACGCCCGCGCCGAGCGCAUCGACUCCGUCCGGGACUACGGUCGGAGUCUGAUCCGGUCGGGUGACGGUUCGAAGGCAGAGAUCCAGAAGGCACUGAACCAGCUGGAGGAAGCCAAAUCCGAACUGGACCGAGCCUGGCUGAACCGCAACACGACCCUGGAGCAGGCCCGCACCCUGCAGGUCUUCCUGGCCUCUGUAGAGCAGUGUGAGAGCUGGCUCAGCAACAAAGAGGCCUUCCUCUCCAACCAGGACCUGGGGAGCUUGGUGAUGGAGGUGGAGACCCUGCAGAGGAAGCAUGCUCAGUUCGAGGAGGCUCUGGAGGCUCAGGUGGACCAGCUGGACGAGGUGGAGAAACUGGGCCAGAAGAUGAUCCAACAGAAACACUACGACUUUGACAACAUCAGAGUUAAAAGCAGAGCACUCGCUGCCAGGCGGAGCCAGCUGCAGCAGCAGAGCAAAUCUCGUCACAAAGCUUUGGAUCAAUCACUGAAGCUGCAGCAGUUCUUGUCCAGCAGCUACCAGGUGUGUGUGUGGCUGAACGAGCGUAACGCUGUGGCGCUGGAUGAGAGCUGGAGGGAACCGACCAACCUUCAGGCCAAACUGCUGAAACAUCAGAGCUUCGAAGCCGAGAUCCUCGCUAACCGCUACAGAAUGGACACACUCACCAAGGAAGCAGAGAAGCUGCUGUCUGAGUCUCGAUCAGCCGACGUGAAGGUUGGACCUCGACUCAGAGAGCUGACGGACAGCUGGGACGCUCUGAUCCACAACUGUAAAGAGAAGAAAACCAGACUGCAGGAGGCCUACCAGGCGCUGCAGUUCCAGCGUUCAUUGGAUGACAUGGAGCAGUGCGUGGGCUCAGUGGAGAGCCAGCUGACCGAUGAGGACUGUGGAAGCGACCUGCCGUCUGUCAACAGGCUGCUGAAGGCUCUGCAGGGCCUGGAGGAGGAGGUGGACGGACACAGAGACAGAAUCCAGGGUCUGCUGGAAACGGCAAACAGCUUCCGCUCUCAGGGAAACUUCUUGGCUGAGGAGAUCCAGACGAGAGUGGCACACACCAUCAACAGGUACAAUGGUCUGGCGGAGCCCCUGCAGUGUCGUAGGGAAACCCUGGAGGCCUGGCAGGUUCUGUUCCAGUUCUACAGAGACCUGGAGGAGGAGGUGGCCUGGCUGAGCGACAGGCUGCCCUCCAUCACUGCUAAAGACUGGGGGAGCUCCCUGAGCAGCACCCAGCAGCUGCUCCACAAACACCAGGCUGUGGUACAGGAGAUCUCAUGCCGCGCCCCAUUGGUCCAGGCAGUUCAGGAGGCGGGACAUAGUCUGGUCAGAGGUCGUCACUUUGCGUCUCACGACAUACGGGAGCGUCUGCAGGAGUUAAAGAGUCUCCACGAGGAGCUGCUGAUGGAGGCGGAGAGGAAAGGGAAACUCCUGCAGGAGGCGCUCAGCAUCCACACCUUCCUCGCGAAGGUGUCGGAGUUGGAGCUGUGGUCAGAGGAGCAGCGGGCAGGUCUGGAGUCUCAGGACUGUGGGAGGAGCGAGGAAGCAACGGAGGCUCUGCUGAGGAGGCUGGACUCUGUGGACGUGGAGCUGGAGAACCAGAGGAGGACGGUGGAGAGGCUGCAGGAGAGCGGAGCCUCGCUGCAGCACCUCGGACAUCCCAACAGCCACCUGGUCAGUGAGUCUCUCCAAGGUGUCCUUGAACUCUUCGAGACUCUCGUCCGACUCUCCUCUACUCGUCGCGCUGCUCUGGAAGAUCAGCUCCGCCUCUACGUGUUUGAGAGAGAAGCCAAAGAACUACAAACAUGGCUGACCUCCAAGAAGGCAGUGGCGGAGUCUAAAGACUGCGGACAAGAUCUGGAGGCUGUAGAAGUCCUUCAGAAGAAGCUGGAGGUUCUGGUGUCGGAGAUGUCCGGUCUGGGUCGGAGCCGGCUGACCUCAGUGCAGCAGCUGGGCCGAGGGCUGCAGCAGGACGGCCAGGCCCGGAGGAGGGAUGACGCCCUCAGCGGGCUGUGGGACGACCUCAACAGCAGCAUCAGGACCAGAGAAAAGAGUCUGCAGUCAGCGAGGGAGGUUCAUCAGUUCAAUCACGAUGUGGACGAGCUGAAGGGUUGGAUGGCUGAGAAGGAGGCAGUGCUGGACUCAGAGGACCAGGAGCAAGACCUGCACUCAAUCCACUCUCUGCUGAGGCAACACGAGGCGCUGGAGAGGGACCUGGUUCUGAUCUCCGAGGAGGUGACCAGGAGCCGAGAGGAGGGCCGGGCUCUGAGCAGACGACAGCCUCAGGUUAGAGCCGCUGUGACUCAGAGGCUGGAGGAGCUGGAGGCCUGCUGGACCAACAUCCAGGACAAGGCCUCCCAACGCCGAGCCAGACUGGGCCAGGCCGAAACUGUGCAGAGAUACUUCUCCCACUGGACUGAACUCAUGGCCUGGCUGAGGGAGAUGCUGUCACUGGUUCGUGGGGAGGCGCUGAGUGUGGAGGGAACCGACCUGGAGCAUCUUACUAAAAAGCACGAGGAGUACCGCGUCCAGAUUGACAGACAGCUCAGCAAAUCACAGGCUGUGAAAGAGGAAGGGAGGUGCCUGAUAGAAGGAAGAAGCUUCAUGGCCUCAGAGGUGGAGGAGCGUGUGUGUGAGUUAGAGGAGUUGGAGGCGCAGAUGGAGAAGGUUUGGGAGGAAACGAGGCUCCUGUACAAGGAAGAGCUGGAGCGUUCUCUUCUCCAGAGGGAGCUGGAACAGGCAGAGCGCUGGCUGAGCUCCUACGAAAACACACUGAUGGCCGAGGACUACGGGGACUCUGUAUCAGAUGUGAUGGAGCUCCUGAAGAGGCAGGAGGACUUGGAGGCCAUGAUCCAGGCCCAGAGCGACCGCUUCAUAGCACUACAGAAGAAGAAAACGCAGAGGGAGGAGAGACUUCAUGGAAAUGAGAACACGGACCUUCAGGACAGAAAACCUCCGGCCAGAGUUUUAUCCCUGAGGAGGAAACCGUCUGAUCCAAAGACCCCGUGGACCUCCUCCUCCAGAGACAUCGUCCGUCGAAUCAGCAGCGGCGGGAAAACAGACAGAACCAUCAGAUCGCCCAUUCUAGACAAGCAAACCAGUGUCACGACCUCUGCUAGUCCUCCACCCAGCCCGUCCCUCCACCCUGACUCCGACACCCGGAGACAUUUCGGUACCAUCAGAAACAAACAGGAGGUGGAAGAAGACGCCAACAGUCCUCCUGCUAGUCCCAUCUCCAGCCCGACUGUAAACCCGUGGAGAAGUCGAAGCAGCCACUCAAACGUGACGUCUGCCACUCCCCUCAGAGCAUCGCCCGACUCCUCCUCUCUAAGACGCCCUCAGUCACCUCCACCCUCCCCCCCUCAAACCUCUGUCUCUUCUUCGUCUCCUGAGAAAGACCUUCCACCCAGAUCCAAACCGCCUCUGGCUACAAAGCCCAGAAUCUCCUCUACAGAGCAGACGUUCGGACGUCACCCGGAUCCCCGGACCGACUGGAGAAGCCUGCUACACCAUGAACCGCCGCCUCCACCAGUCGCACAAAGACGUUUUCCCCCUGACUCAACAAGGAAAGAGCUCCACAACGAGCCUGAUCCUCCUGCAGAACAGGUUACACCGACCGACUCCCCGACUGCUGCACCAAUCACAGAGAAGGAUGCAGAAUCUGCUGCACCAAUCACAGAGAAGGAUGCAGAAUCUCCUCCGCAGCAGAGGAAGUUAGAAGAUCUACCAGAGGACGAGGACAGCCUCCCCAGCUCCACACCGGAGGCAACGGCAGAGCAGCCAAUCAGAAUGGAGGGGACGCUGGAGAUCAAACUGAAACAAGGAGGGAACAAGGGUCUGGAGCACUGGGAGGAGGUGUUUGCUGUCCUGGAAGGAGAGACGCUCAGCCUGUUUAAAGACAGAGCAGCUGUUGCAGAGAGGACCUCUAGGUGGCCUCCUAUCAACAUGGAUGGAGUUGUCUGCAGGGAGAACGUUCACUACAGGAGAAAGGACAACACGUUCAAACUGAUACUGGAGGACGGCAGUCAGUACCUCUUUGCAGCGUCCAGCAGAGAACUCCAGCUGCUUUGGGUAAAGAAGCUCCAAAACUGCCCAGAAUCUGCCAGCAGCGACUCUGACGACUCAGGGAGAGCCUCGUCAGUCAACCUGAGCUUGGAGAAGUUGACGGAGACGACGCAGGAGGAUUCGGCCUCGACCAAACCGUUCGACGGAGCUGAGAGCCUGGAGAAACAAUCUUCCACCGUGGGGCAGCCUCCUCCCAAACCCCCCCACACAUACUACGACAAACAUCGCUACCAAGAGGAAGGGGAGGUCGGGACCGGUACAGAGAGCGAUCAACACCGUCCCUCUUCAGUGCCGCCGCCCCACCACGAUGCCCAGGACCCCCACACUGUGACCCCCCAGCUAACAGACGACACCGCGAGCAGAGACAAGUCGAAGAGGAGCGUCUUCAGGAAGUUUUUCACGAAGAAGUAAAACUUUAUUUUGACUCAUCACGACUCUCUUUCCUCCGCCAAAUAGUUGAGCUGACCAAGACAUUAAUAUUUGAAUAAUGAGGUUUAUCUCUUCCCAGACGCAGGAGUCACAAAAACCUUAUCAGAUGCUAAGUGGAAAUAGUUUUACUUACAAAGUGCUUUUUAUUUAAGUGCCUCACAGGAAAUAAAGAAACCAGUGAUUGAAGAUGAGCGCAAGAUUCAUUCUUGACCUUUCAACAGUCGAGUAGAAAAUAUUUAACUUAACUCGAGCUCCGCCGAACAAUUCCUCGCUCCUGUUUGGUGAAACUUGCUCGAUUAAUAGUCGUGUUGCUGCUACUUCCAUCCGGGGUACGUCACAGGUUUGGAUCUAAUCCCUUCCUGCAGCAGGUAAACAUCUCGCUCGCACACAUUUAUCCAGAACUCCUCAGAUUAGUUUCGACGUCUAUCUGAAAACUAUCAGUUUAAUCUCAGAGUCAAAGUGUUUGUCAAACCGGCUCCAUGUUUUUGUGAAUGAAACGCAGCGACAGAUGGAUGUCACGUCUGCCGGUUAACAUUCUCUUUACCUCGGCUGAGAAUCUGCUCGUGUGUGUUUUUUGAUUCUAAAACACUUUUGAAGCGACUUCGUCUGAAGGGUUUUGAUCUCCACCUUUUCUGAAAAGUGACAGACGGCAAAUCAAUGCAAACAAAUGUGUCACAUUUGGAAACAUUAACGCAGACGAUGCUCCAGUGAUUUUUAAAAGAUGAACUUUGGUUAAUGAUAUUCAAUGUUUUUUUUGGAAACGAAUUCCAUUUAUUUAUUAAUGAGCAACAAAUCCAAACAUCUUCAGACUCAUCGCCUCCUGCAUUCAAUCAGAUCAAUAAGUCAAUCAUUAAAAAUAAUGAGUCAGAUUAAGACGUUUGAGAGAAAUCAGGAGUUCAAACACUUCAUUCAGUUUUGGGGGAAUUAAAGCCAAUUGAAGUGAUUUGAGUGAGAGUCAUUCAGAGUUUAUGAAUCAUAAACAUCAUAAACAUGUGACGUAACUUCAUCAUUGAUUAGGACGAUGUUUGUAUUCAAGGUUUUAAAUUAAAACUCUUCAUAUUUUUGUAUUAAGUAAAAAUCAUUGUACUGAUUACUGUAAGAUUUCUUCACUGCAUUUACAAUAAAGCAGAUUAUGAAACGUAAUGUAGAGGAUUUAAAGCAAACUCAUUACUUUGAUUGAAUUGCACUAAAUGUUUUUAAUUAAAUAUUUCCAC